CUCACCACCGCUGCUGCUGCGCUCCUCAUACUUUCCAAAUAAAACGGAUCCAGCUGUGUCCAGCUGUGUGCCCUGCGUGCGUCACACCCGUGUGCUGCUCGGUAGACAGACUAGGUGGAAGAGAAGGAAAGAUGUCCGGCAUCGCGCAGCUGUCGGUGUUCCGGGGUUUGUGCUUUCUGUGGGCAGCCGUCGGCACGGCGAGGAGCGGGACCUUGUUCCCGCGGGAGAGCCUGGAGCGGGGGCCGGUCAGCUUGACCGAUAUGUUCCGAGAGGUAGAGGAGUUGAUGGAGGACACUCAGCACAUACUGGAGGAGGCAGUGGACCAGAUCACUACAGAGAGUGCAAAAUCCUCUUCAGGCUCACUGGAGCUGGGUCCUAACUACCACAAUGAGACUACGAUGGUGAUAAAGAACGGAGACAAAGCAGUUAAGGUGCUAGACAGAACUGACAAGGACACUAACAACAACACUGGGGAGACUCAUUUGUCCCAUGUUCAUAUGGAGAUCUCCAGCCAGUGGAACAACAUGAAUCAUGAAUGCAUGGUGGACGAGGACUGUGGCAACCUGAAAUACUGCCUGUAUGAGAUUGAGAACUCCAAAUGCCUCCCCUGUAUCCCAACAGACAUGCCCUGCAUCAAGGAUGAGGAGUGCUGCUCUGAUCAGAUGUGUGUUUGGGGCCAGUGCACAGUGAACGCCACCAGUGGAACAGAGGGAACCAUCUGUCAGAGUCAGAGUGACUGCAGGCCACACCUCUGCUGUGCUUUCCAACCAGAGCUUUUGUUUCCAGUAUGUAACCCCAAACCGGGCAAGGGGGAGUCCUGUCUAAGCCACCCCAACCUGCUGAUGGAUAUGCUAGCCUGGGACCAGGAGGGUCCCCGUGACCACUGCCCCUGUGCCGAUGACCUUCAGUGCCAGCCUCAUGGCCGUGGGUCUGUGUGUGGAUAACAGUACUAGAGAUUUACAGUGCAGCAGAGUUAGAUUAAAUGACCUUAACGAUCCAAAGACGGACGCCUCUGCUGAUCAACAGCUGCUGAAAGUACAGGCUGUUGCUUCAGGACUGAACUUGCACUCACUGUAUUAUUUAUGCCUUACUGCCAGUGUAUAUUAUAUAUAUAUUAAAAACAACAACAACAACAAUAAAUGACUUGUUUUCAGCUUUGAGAACCAAGGAAAGCACGUUCUGUUAUUUACUGGUGAUCUUAUUUUUGGUUUGUCAGCAGUGAACACUAGAGGGCGAACUUUUACACAUUUAAAAACUUGGUGGGUAUCUCUUUUUGUAAUGACCUUUCAUUGACAUUACUGGAAACUAUUAAAUGUCAAGAAAAUGUGUGAAGGAGAAUUAAUAAGGAGGAGAAUCAGUGAAUCAGACUGCAUGUGCACUCGGCUCCUUAACCUUGUGAUAUCUGCUGGACUACAAAAUGCACAUCGUACUUCAGCCUGACUUUCUGACUCAUAUUAUUUCAUGCAGGUCAUAUAAAAAAGAACCAGAGGUGAAAAAUAUCACUUACAAAUUCAAAAAGUUGGAUCCAUCUAUCCACUUAUCCUUUUCA